AUGGCUUUGCCGGUUUUAAGGGUGUUGAUGCUGAUAUUGAGCUCUUCAGGGGAGAACGGCUUGCUGGCUGGAGUUGCCUUUAUUGCAGUUGGUUUCUGGGCAUGGAGUGAAAAGGGGGUCCUGUUGGAUCUCACCCAGGUGACACGGCUACAUGGUUUCGACCCAGUCUGGUUGGUCCUGGUGGUCGGCGGAGUCACCUUCAUCCUGGGCUUUGCCGGCUGUGUGGGAGCUCUAAGAGAAAACAUCUGUCUCCUAAAGUUUUUUUCCGGUGUAAUCGGCUUCAUCUUCAUCCUGGAGCUCACGGCUGCCGUUCUGGCCGUGGUGUUUCAGAGUCAGGUCAGAGAAUGGAUCAAUGACUUCUUCUUGGCAAACGUGAAAGGAUACAGAGACGACAUUGACCUGCAGAACCUCAUCGACUCUCUGCAGAGGAUGAACCACUGCUGUGGAGCUCAGGAACCUAACGACUGGGAUCUAAAUGUUUAUUUUAGCUGUAAUGGAACCCAUCGCAGCAGAGAGAAGUGUGGAGUUCCUUUUUCCUGCUGCAUCACUGAUCCUGCUGACUCGGUGCUGAACACUCAGUGUGGAUACGACGUGAGAAACAGACCGACGGAGGAGUGGAUGGAUCACAUCUACAAUAAAGGCUGCAUUGCUGCGUUGGAGGACUGGUUACCUGGGAACCUUUACACGGUGGCCAUCGUCUUCAUCGUCAUCUCUCUGCUGCAGAUGGUGGGGAUCUACCUGGCCAGGACUCUGAUCUCGGACAUCGAGAAGGUCAACUUCAGCUACUGAUGCCACACGCACAAGGGGCGGGGCCUCCGCCAGGUGGACCUGGUUUCUUCAGAUGUGCCUUCUUCUUCUUCAGUAACUCUGCUGUACCUGCCUUCACUUCCUGUCUUCAUCUUCUGAUGACCUCGUUGCUGUGGUUACUGAAAACAUGGCCUUCUGUUGAAUCUUUUUUAUGUUGUUUUGUCUCUGAGAGCUUCGUCUGUUCAGUGCCUCCUUCAUCAUCAGUUUUCAUCACACAGACGAUGAAGCUCUGCACCAGGCUGCCUUCACUUAUCCUGCCGUUUUUAGAAUGAACACACUUCAGUGCCUCCUUCAUCAUCAUCUUCAUCUUCAGGUUUACGCCUUCAUCAUCAUCAUCAUCUUCAGGUUGACAUCAUCAUCAUCUUCUUCAUCUUCAGGUUGAAUUCAGGUCUUCUUUUGAGUCCUGAAAUGAUUCAGUUUACUGCAGAAUAAGACGAAUGUAUGAUUGAUAAAUGAUGAUUAAUUGAUUAUCAAAAUGUGAAAACUAAUUGAAACACGUCUUUUAGAGGCGGGGCCAUCGAUGGCUCGAGCUCUCUCAUUGGACAACUGAAGGUUCAGACCAAAGAAGAAGAAAAGGAGCAGAAGGGGAGUUCUUAGUCGUUAGCUUCCAUACGAGCUACAAGCUAGCAGACAGAUGGCUAGUUAGCUAGCUUGCUAAUUGAUGCUAACAUUGUCAUGGGGACAGAACCCCACCCCACCCCCGCUCACACUUUCUGUCACCGUGACAACGUACAGCGAUGACCAGUGAAAAGGGUUCUAGGUUCUACUCCUGUUCUAUUUCUACGGUUAGGAUUAGACAUUUAGAUACCACAGAAGAAAAAUCCGAGUUCAACUGAAUAAAGUUUCGGUUUAAAUGUUUUGUAUGAAUAAAGACUUUUGAGAUGUUUGAACCGAUGAGAACAAUCCAGAGAAGAUUCUGAGUUAUUGUUUGAAUUUUCUGCUUUCAUUGAUUUCUUAUUUUCUGUUUGUGAAUUAAUGAUUUAAUUGGAUUUUUUGUGUUUGAGCUUUAUUCUGAUGGGAUUUUGUUUAUAUAUAAAAGUGAAUUUUUUAUGUCUUUUUAUAUUCAUCAUAAUAAAAGUGAAGUUUGUUCUGA